GACGAACAGCAAGAACAAUAAGAAUCCAUGAUGUUUCCGUAUCGAGAAUUAUUCUUAGCAGUGGCAAUUUCGUUAACAAGUGUUGUACUUGCUGAUGUCAUCGUUCAACCCGGUUAUGAUCAUUCUGGCAAAAAUCCAUACUAUACGCAACCUGCUUCGCACCGAAUAAAUUCUCAAACUGAACAAUAUCACACGAAACAAUUACCGAAUCACGAAUUGCGGUAUCUUCAAAGUGCUCGAACGGUGUAUCCCUAUUAUGAAUCCAAAGAUUCAUCAAAUCUGAUGGGCUAUCCAUAUCAUCCAUUUCAUCAUUAUUCACCGUACCAUCAUUUUUCACCAAGGAACCAUCCACAUUAUGCAAGGAUAGGAAGCCAUGGAUAUUCGCGACCUUCAGUAUUCGUCGGUUAUCGACAACCUUCGAUAGGACACUACCACUGGGGUAGUCCCUACCACCACUACCACCGGUACAGAAGGUCACUUGACUCCGAUUCUACAAACACGAAAUCCAGUGAAUCUGCGAACGUUGCACAUGACAAUGAUGUGGCCUCGAAGUCGCCCUUAACCGAUGAUAAACAUCCUAAAGCCACCGACUCGUUAUUUCCAGAACAAGAGCCUACUGAUACUAAUGAUAAGCAUGUGGAGAACCGUCAGAUCACGAUUGAGCCUAUAAUAGGUCCACCACGUUUAUUCGGCAUAUAUCCACAAAAUGUACAGUUCUCUGAUGAACAUGCAAGGGAAAACACAAUGCAAGGUGUUAUGCAAUUUUCUUCCAAUCCGAGCACGUUAAAUUUCGAUGAGAAUUCUCAGGAAAAUCAACAAGAUUGUGACAAAAAUUCACAUCUUGUUAACAAUAAGUUUUUUUCACAUAUGAAAUCUGAACAAUUUCCGAAGGAAUCUUCAAAUGAUAAUUAUAAUAGCAAAACUGCAUCCUCGAAGUGGACAGAUAAUUUUGAUAAACUCCUAUCAGAUAACAUGAGACAUCAAUGGACUGAAUACUAUCACACAUAUACUCCAUCAUAUACUUCCAUAUCAGCAUCUCAGCCUCCAACACUGGAGACUUUAUACGCGAAUCUCCUACAUAAGUAUAAGAUGCUGUUACAGAUUGUCAAACGAUAUGGCAUCACCACAGUUCAGACAAGACAAAACAAUAUAAAACCUAUUCUUUUUUAUCCUCAAAAAUUUUCGAGUACUACUGAUGCACCGAUAACAAACAAUGAAGAGAACACUUUAUGGACACCAAAUACUAUUGAAAUAACACGUUAUCUCAAACAGGACCUACCUGAAUCAUAUAUUCCAUCAGUAAGUGAUUUCGAUCAAGAUAAUUAUCAUUGUUUGAAUUGCUAUGAGAAUACUCUAAACUAUUUUUCGGAUGACUUAAAGGACAAUUUAGAUUUCCAGAAAAACUCUAAUUCAGCUUAUAGUAUCGAGCCUUCAAUUUCGAUCCCUAACUAUAACCAUAUCCCUAACUAUGAUUCUAACUAUGCCUCUGACGUCGAUAUCUCUGCUGUCUCUGAUUAUGAAAUUCACAAAGAUUAGUGCUCGGAGCAAUUUGACACCGAUGAUACCGCAAAUGCAGUCUUUAAAUGCAUAUAAUUACUCAUCGGGAAAGCAAACACAAGAUAUUCUACUAGAUUAUAGAUACUACAACAACUAUCCAAGUGAUACGCAACUUUAUGACACGUUUUCGUCAUCAGUUUAUUAUUAGUAAGGCGCUUCUAUAGAUAUGACGCUGUUAUCGAUUCCUGCCACAUUACCUUGAAGUAACGAGUCGAUUGACUAUAAUGAUUUUCAUGUUCUAUUUAUUAUAAUUACUCUCAUGCACGCAUAAUU